UUUUACUUUGAAGGAGGUUAUUUUAGCUUCCGGAGGCCGCCGCUCUCUCUCCCUCUCUCCUCCUCUCUCCUCCUGCCAGCAGCAGCAGCAGACCUCCACUCUGCCAACUUCUUCUCGGCUUUACGUGCAGACAGUCAUUUGCCACCAACACCAUGUCCGCUGGCAACGCUAAGAUUGGCAAGCCCGCCCCAGAAUUCAGCGCCACAGCUGUGGUGGAUGGACAGUUCAAGGACAUCAAGCUGUCAGACUACAAAGGGAAGUAUGUGAUCUUCUUCUUCUACCCGCUGGACUUCACAUUUGUGUGUCCCACUGAGAUCAUUGCUUUCAGCGACAGAGCAGAGGAGUUCCGCAAUAUGGGCUGCGAGGUUAUCGGCUGCUCCAUAGACUCUCACUUCAGUCACUUGGCAUGGAUCAACACACCGAGGAAGCAGGGAGGUCUGGGUAACAUGAAAAUCCCCCUUGUGGCAGACCUCACCAAGUCCAUCUCCAGAGACUACGGUGUGCUGAAGGAGGACGACGGUAUCGCAUACAGGGGUCUGUUUGUGAUCGACGACAAGGGCAUCUUGAGGCAGAUCACCAUCAAUGACUUGCCUGUGGGUCGCUCCGUGGAUGAGACUCUGCGCCUGGUGCAGGCCUUCCAGCACACUGACAAAUUCGGAGAAGUUUGCCCUGCUGGCUGGAAACCCGGCAGCGACACCAUCGUCCCGGAUGUUGAGAAAAGCAAAGCCUUCUUCUCCAAGCAGUAAAUGUGAAGGUCUCCUAGCUGACUUCCCAACCGUAGCACUUCUCUUCAGCUAAGAGGUGUCCAUGGCGUCCAACCUAAUGUAUUAAACACAACAAAAUUUCAGAACUCGUUAGUUAAAUCCUUUGUUGCAAAUCGUGUCUUUGUACGUCCAGUGUACAAUUGAUGGGGCGACCUCAUAGUCUCAAGCACUGAAGUAUAGUUUUGUUCCUUUUUUCAGAAAAAAAAGUAUUGCUAUUUUUCCUUGCUGUCUUGAAUAAUUUGCUACCAUCUUUAAUAAAACAGUGGGAAAAUGUGA